GUGUGUCACACCCCGAGCAAGCAUUUCUUGGAAAAUAUACUUGGGAGUGUAUUUGAAUGUUGUGUUUGCUUGUGUGUUGAGAGGUUGGUGCAGGUCAAUGCCACAGGGUAUAAAAUAUCCUUUCCUACCAGUCUUUGCAGGCCUUUUCUGAUCUUCUCGGCCCAGGACACUGCCAUUCUACAGGAUGAAGACCACUUGUUGCUUCCUUCUCCUCAUCCUCCUCCAGCUGAUGAUCCCAGGGACUGCUCCGUGUUCCUUGGACUUCAUUCUGGAUACAAAGAUAAAGGAAACCCUCAGUGGCUUAGAGUUACAUCCUUCCCCAACACGAAGGUUGUCAUGUGUCAGUGUCAAGAAUUCAGGCAGACUGUCCUCCUGCCCUGCAGGGAUGAUUGUCACUGGCUGUGCCUGUGGCUAUGGCUGUGGUUCCUGGGAUAUCCAGGGCGAAACUACAUGCCACUGCCAGUGCAGCACUAUCGACUGGACCACCGCUCGCUGCUGCCACCUGACCUGAGGGGGAGGAGGAGGAGAACCCAAUGGUGUGACCAUGACUGUAAUGAAACCAUACACCUGCCUCAAACUGUCCCUUUCAUUCGUCACAACCUGCCUCUUGGGUAAUAAAGACAAUUUUUAUAUCUC